AUGGAUCAAUUAUACUCUAAGAUUGAAGAAUUAAGUAAAGUUGGAUUUCCCACCUCAAAACUUAAAGAACUUUAUCAAACCCAUCAAAUUUCUGAUUUAUUAGAACUUCUAAAAUAAACAUAAUAAAACAAAGAUUAAUUAAAUAAGACUAUUGCUUAUUUAGAUGCUCUCUUUUAAGAUUCUGAUAUCUAUAAAGAACUUUUAUUAAGAGAAAACUCAUUUGAAUUUGUUUAAACUUUGCUUACUCAUUAAAAUAAAAAAGUUAGAUCAUUACUAUCAGAAUGUAUAGAAAAUAAUGAUUUUGAAUUUGGAUAAUUGAUUUCUAAAUUAGUAUAAGAAAAAUCACCAUUACUUAAUUUAGUACUUUAAGUUAUAUUUUUUUAACUUUCUGAUCCAGAAUCAGAAGUUGGUUUAAAGGCUUUGAGAGUCAUUAAAAAAUUGUUCAAAUUUGUAGAUGAAUCUUUAAAAAUCUUAUUAAGUAGUGAUCUUUUUGUUACUUACAUAACCUAAGGAUUGAAUAAUAAAAAUGAAGUGAUCUAACUGAGAUUUGUUGAAAUAUUAAUAUAUAUAACUAACUUAGAUUAAUCCAUCUAAUAACCUUACAUAAAUUAAUUUAAAAUUGUAUUUAAACUUUACAAUACUGAUGAUAUUUUGGUUAAAUUGAAUAUGAUUGAAUUAAUUGCUGAUAUGGGUAAUUCAAAAUGGAAUUCGGAAUAAAUGGUAAAUCAAUCAUUUUUUAAAAACAUCCUUAAUUCAGCAUUCACUAAUAAUGAUGACUUUUAUACUUAAAAAUAUGAAGUUUUAUUAGUAGCCAGAAUGCUAAGUUAAAGAGUCAUUAAAUUUACUCCAAUUCUAGAAAAAAACUUAAUUAAAUUAUUAUCAUAAUGGUUAUCUACUAAUUCAAGUGAAUAAAUAGAAGGAGCCAUUGAAAUUAUAUCAAGUUUUGUUAAAUUUACUGAAGGAUUCAAUGCUAUUAUUAAGAAUACUGACUUUUUAGUGUUAUUUUGUAAUUUAUUUAAUUUAUAAAAUAGUCCAAUAUUUGUAUUCAACAAAAGAUGUAAUUAAACUAAAAGCCAUAAAUUGUUAUGUUAGCUUCUUUGUUAUAGAUUCAACUACGCCUAAGCCACCUGGUAAGAUUCUAUGGAUAUAUUCUUUAUUUGGAAAUGUUUCUAAAACAUUAAGUUAAUUUCACUCAAAUGAUUCAGUUAGUGAAGCUACAGUUUAUCUAAUAAAAUAAUUGAAUACACCUUUUGGGGAAGUAGAAAAAACCAUAUUAGAAUUAACUAUGAGUAAAUAGUAUUUUUAUUCUUUAGAUUUGUUAGAAUGGGAUGAAAUCUUUACUAAUAUUAUUGCAAAUCAAUCAUUAUUAGUGUAUUUUUCCAAAAUUUCUCAAAACAAGGAGAUCUUCGAUUCUAAAAAUAGAGUCAAAUAAUAAAUUAUCAAUUUAUGCACUAAUAAAUAUAAAGCACCAGAGUAUUAAGAGUAUGCUAAGACAUUGCAAAAUUUAACAUUGUAAAAGGAUAUGCAGUAUGCUUCAAACGUUUAAUGA